GUCGCCUUGGAUUCGCUAUUCUUAGGUGGAUUGGUUCGAGAGAGUCUCCAAAGGGCAUUCGAGCAGAGGAGCUUCCCAAGUUCCAUAGAACCUCAUCAACUACGUGGUCACGAUGGAGAUAAAAGAGGUGGGAGGGGUAUCAGUAGGGACGGUGAAGACGAGAGGACAUUUUCCUCGUCAAGAACAAGUAAGAGGAAAUUAGAUGAUCAACAAGAGGCAAAAAUAUUAGAUGACGUGGAUCGAGAUCAUCAACACGAUAGGUUCCGAGGAGAAGUACAACCAGGUACAAGUAGCAGCGAUGAUCAUGGUCAAUCUGGCAAUGUUGAUCAAUCUGGUCACUUCUCUCAGACAGUAGACAGACUAGGCGAAAGGCCAUGGCAGGCGAAUGAAACGGUGGCACAACUAGAUCAUGCUCCAGUACUUCUCGCUGAAGAUGAACAAGUUCCCCCUUUAGGUUCGACUCUUGCUGGUAGUUCCUCGUUUACGGAAAGUAGACGUAGACCGGGAACAGAAGUUCGAAGAACAGAAUGCGCCCUCCAUGUCACCUUAAGCAGAGUGGACGAGUUUUUUUCUCAAUUUGUUAAUAAUAGAAGAACAAGAAGCAAGGCAUUUUUGAACACUCACCUUUACUCCGCUAUUGUUUGGCUUUUGGUUUUUACCGUAGAAAAGGUAUGCGUGACGUAGUAACUAGUGCAGCUACCUUAAGCUUGCAGCAGUUCGCUGCACUUUUUGCUAAUGCUAAGUUGUAGUUUCUUGGCUAAUGGCUAUUAGAAGAUCAAUCACUACGCCAGCAUCCUCGUGAUCUCGCACGUCUACCGCGUUCUUUGCUCUUGUAGUAGAGACGAAAAGAAGCCAGAAAUCGUGAGCAGCAGCAGGACAACUACAAUUAUAAAUAUAGGUUCCAGGGCGCGGGGCGACGGUACCCGCCCCUAGCGGGGGGGCACCGUGCGCCCUGGACCCCUUUUUGUGGCGUCUGCCGGGGGUGCGGGUAGAAGGCCUCAAAAGGGGGCAAAGUGACCUCCCUCCGCCGCUCUCUUCCAGCUGCCUGGCUGUUGCCUACAGGCCUGAAGAGGGGCCCAGGGGACCGCCUCCGCCUCCUUCCAGGUGCUCGGCUGUCCCCUAGAGGCCUCCGACGCAGGUGGAAGGCCUCAAGAGGGGCCAAAGGGGCCGCAUCUGCUUCCUUUCCAGGUGCUUGGCUGUCCCCUAGAGGCCUCUGACGUGGGUGGAAGGCCUCAAGAGGGGCGCAAGGGGCCGCCUCCGCUUCCUCCCAGGUGCUUGGCUGUGCCCAAGGCGGCAAAAGGCGAGGGGCUGGACCCUCUGAGCCGUGCAGCCUGUACCCUCCGGGCCUUUGGUCAUCGGCUUGCUUGCUCUUGCGACCGUGGCCGCCUUCGGCGGCCUUUUACCCCGGAGACCUCUUGCUGGCGAGGGUGAGCAGAGGCCAGGAGGCCCCUGGGGAACACGCUGGGAGGCCCAAGGGGAGGCCCGCGCCAAGUUUUGACGCCGUCCACCACUAGAAUCCGCGAAAGAUCAGCGCGGAAAUGCGCGCGCGCGCCACCACAGACCAGACCACAGGGGGGGGCGCCGUCUGGCCCCGAGCCAUAUAAUAACACGCAUAGGCUCGGCAUCUUUAGUGACGACGGCGGCUCGGUUAUUAUCAAGAACAGCAUACAAAUACAACCAAGAUGAGGAUUAUAGGCUCUUCAACAACAUUUUGAUGUUCUCGAAAAUUUUUUUUGUUUUUACAUCGGUAUCUUAUUCCGUAGCUGUUGUAACCCAGCUACAACAUCAUGGACGAGGGAGUUAUCCGUUAUAGUCAUCUCUUUCAUAGAUGAUCAGUAACAGUAACUCAACAUCGGUUCUUUUGCCUAUCAAUAUCUCUAAUGAAGAACUUUGCUCAGGGAGAUGGCAAACUGUUCUAUAAGCCCGAUUCGCGGUUUGCAGGCCCAGAAAGGCUGGGGGUAACGGUGACAAUUCCGGACGCACACGCCGGAUCGGAUGACGGGGCGCUCGAGUACCAUUCGUGUCUACGCGGAGCCUUCGGUACUACGACGCCAGAGCGUCCUGGGUGGACUUGGACAACGGAAUUGGUUCUCGCAUUAUGAAAUUAGAACGCAGAUCCUUCUCAUACAUAGGAGAAUAAGAGCAGUAACUUCUCAAGUGUAGGAGAUGAGAAUAAGACUAAUGAUCAUAUAACUGAUACUAGCCUAGAGAGACUUGUAGCACUUCGCCGCACUAGAAUCCACGCCCACCAGAAAAAGACACGACACGACGCCGCGCGCGCACCCACCGACACAAGCCCGCACGCUGCAACGCCGCGAAAAACAAAAACGCACGCCCAAGCAUGCCGGCAAGCGCCUUCAGCGUGUGCGCAAUAUUGGGGCGGGGGGGGGAGUGGGCUGCAGGUGGCCUUUUGGGUAAAUGGUGCCGCCUUGUUGGGGUCCUCGUUGCCGCCUUCGGGAUCUAAACCGCCCCCCGCCGGGGUCUAUCUAAGUAAACCGCCGGGGUCUAAGCCGUCGGGGUCUAAGCCUUCGGGAUCUAAGCAAUCGGGGCCCAUCAAAUAACCACCGGGGUCCAGGCCGUCGGGGUCUAAACGUUCGGGGCCUAAGCCGUCGGGGCCUACACCGUCUGUCGGGAUCUAAACUUUCGGGGCCUAAGUGAACCGUCGGGGCCUAAACCGUCGGGGCUUAAGCCGUCGGGGUCUAAGCCGUCCGCUGGGGUCGAAGCCGUCGGGAUCUAAACCCGCCGUCGGGGUCUAGGCCAUCGGGAUCUGUCGUGCGUGUGCGCCGGCGUGUAGUUUUUUUUUUUGUGUUUUGAAUUUUGGUCGUUUAAUAUUGUUCAUUUUUUUGUUUUUGUAUUAGCGUUUAGCGUUCAUCCACUUAAUUUUUUCAUAAAUGCGGGGCAUCUACGACAGUGUAGUACUUGUUCCGAAGAAGGAUAAGAAACCACGCACUGACGGUGAGCGAUUGGCAGCUGCGCAAGUGGAGCAACUUUUGCUGAAUAAAGUGGAGCGAUGCUGUGGAAAACACUUGAAUAAUCAAUAUCGCUUAAGGCAGGGGCAGCUAGUUGUCGAGAAAGUACUUCUUCUUGUACUAGUUGUAGAAAGCGUACUACUUGUUCUUGUUCUUGUACUAGAAGUUGUAGAUAAAAAAAAGUACUUCUUGUACUGGUUGUAGAAAAAAUACUUGAUGUAAAAGUUCUUCGGUAGAUUGUUCCUUCUGAUUAUACGCGCUUCUUCUUCCAAUGAAGUAGUAGGUUCUUGACUGUCAACCUACUUCAUCUUCUCUUGGUGAUCAUAUGCAGCUACAUUUUCGUUCUUCUUCCACUUCAGCUUCGCAAUUGUUCUGUUAGGCGACGCCUUUUUUCUACAGAUCCACCAAAACAUCCUGAAUCUCGCUCAAUCUUUACGUCAAAUCUAAGGACGAAGAGAACUACAAAGGGCCAUUACGAUUCUGCUUACGCGGAGUCGCGGCAAAACCCAGACCUUCCGGUGUAUGAAUCGGUUGAAAAGCAGUGGAGGCGCAUGGUCUUCUGGGGAGUGCAUUAAGAGAAAAUUGAUAAUCUAUUAAUCUACUUCUCAAAGUCGUGAACAGCGAUUCAGCUGCAUCUAACCUAACCUCAAAGCUGUUCUUGAUGAAGCAACUAGAGGCAAUAGACUUAGACAGCUCUAGGUAGUAGUAGUAGUAGUAGACACCACAACUAAGCCCCUCUGGUACUACUGGUGUCUACUAACUUAAAUUACUAUGCGAAGUCUAUUGCCUCUAGUUAUUAAACGGAAGAAGGUGUGGAGCGUCGAGAAUGAUGGUCUUUGUCACCUCUAACUUUUGAUAAUAUUGAAAAAAAACAAAAUGGAUGUGCUGUCGAAAAGAUGCUAUCCCCUUGCGACGGACUCGGGGUGGGCUGUGAUGGAUGAGGGGCUUCAGCCGCAGCAGGGCUACGAGUGGUCCACAACCCGAUUGGUCUUCCGCCUGUAUAGUGAGUAUCCAGAUUAUGUUGACGGGAUGAAUAAAGAUUUUGGUAUAGUUGAGAUCAUGUACUCGACUAUUAGAUGUUGUAGAUGUACUCGACUCAUUUUUAUACUCGCAAGAACAUAAAGAUAAACUUAAUCUGGUAUAGUAAUUCUUAACGGUGGGAAGACUCAACAUAAUAUGUUGACAUCCUGUAUAGUGAGUCUCCAGAUUAUAAUCGGGACUGUUUUUGCAGUUCUUGCACUGAUGUUUUGCUCCUGCUCAAGAAAAAGAAGAGUAAGAGGCACUUCAUCUCAAACAAUAAAGAUGCAACUUCGCCCUAAAAAUGGGAGGACGAGGAAUGUACCACCUAGUUGUAGUUGUACCACCUAGUAGUAGCUCUUGUUCUUGAGGGGCUCAGAGUAUGAGUACGUUUAUUUUCUUUGUGUUCAUAUGAAGCGCAUUUUAGGUGGCACCGCGGUAAGCGCUUUGAGCACAGUUCCCAAUGGGGAGGCCCAGCCGCGUAGUCUUCCCGCUUCAGUUGGAGGAAAGAUUAAGGCACCAUCCACGGCUAUUCCUUCCAGGGACCAGAUCAUGAUCAAGAACAUUUCGAUUUUCUAGUAAGAGGAAAUAGGUACUACAGGAGUACGAGGAGUACUUUGAUGUUUUCAAUAAUUUAUAUCAACAUAUCGUAUUGAAAAAAGGUAAGAACGGUCGUCGUCAGGAGAUCAUGUUAAAAAAACGCCAAGUAGGUCGUGUUCGUGUAAGAGGAUUCAGAUGCAGUUGCCAGGAGCGCAGAUGCAGUAUGAGCGCGGUGCUUCUAGCUCUAAAAAUGGUGGCCGAGGACAGCCCGGCAGCGAUGCUUCUAGUUCUACCUUUGUACCACCUGUGUGCGAGGGACUGGGGAGCAGUAUGCUUCCAAAGCAGAAACAGCUAGGGACGCUUCACCCGGAUACCAUCGUGCAAAUUGAGCUUGGUAUGUACGGCGCCACUGAUUGAGAACAAGGGUUAUACAGGGGUACGACACUACGUCGGGCUGUAUAGGGGUGUCCUUGAUGUAGCAGACAUCGUACGCUUCGGGAGUACUAUAACGGGGUAAUAUGAGUACUGUCGUCCAGAGGUGUUUUUCAUGUUCUUUUUUAUAGCUCUUCGUGUAUCCAGGGGGCAAAAAGAAAAACAAGUACUUACUUCCAGGUACGGGGCAACGCAAACGUAUCAUAGUUCCUUGGAACCCGAACCGACGACAUAAUUGAUAAUUCACUACUUGUUGGUAUUCUUGGUAAAAAGUAUGCACCACGAGCGAUCUCAUUCUCAAUCUAUCAGUCGUGACAUCACCAUUCAUCCCAAGUGUUUCGCAUAUGCAGUGAUGUUCAACCUGGCAAGGGUCGGGUGGCUUCAGCCGCUUUGUCGGCUGUCGCCGUCAGGAGUCUAUGAAACGAUACUUUUCGGAGCCAUGGGAAAUUAUGGCAUCAGUCUAAUCCACUUGUUAGAGAGUCGUUUAUCAACCGGAACCGGUUACGUUGAUGAACUGUAAAUACGAACAUUGUGAUCUGCCGUGCGGCAGUCUGCACUGAAUUCUGUGCGAUCCUCAUAUUAUACAACCUUAGGUUAGGAGGUUGAGAAGUCUCUUCAUCCAAUGUAUUGAUAUUCUUCUGUGGUCCUGAUGGUAAGUGUAAUACGGCUCCUUAGGUAGUUUAGCUAGAACUAUAACACGGAGUGAACGCAUGACGUGGCCAGUGUUUGAUAUUGGGCGAGUAAAAAAACUGCUCUUAUAAUUACUCGGAGUUCAUCAUUUUUGAUCACUCAAGUCAAUCAUGCGUAAAAAUAUGUCCACCUGAUGAAAAUGAAUACAGGAUCACUAUGAUCCAAAAAUAAGUGGAUAAGAACUUAACCAACGGACAGCUCCUGCACUCAUCAUCAGGCUCAAAUCGAAGUCACUAUUGAUCAUGUCUAACGAAAAAGACAUUCUGUUUUGGUGGAUGACCGCUUGAUUCUCUCUCCUGUGGGCAAUAUGGAUAUCAUGUGGAGAUAUAAGCUUAAGUUAAGGCUACCGCUGCCGCAUUCUUAACUUCAUCCUUGGCUUCUUUUUCAAGGGCGAAGAGGGCUCACGAAUGAGCUCAAGGAUGCGACGCGGUAGCUCUAAUUACGGGCUUGUAUGGACAGUAUUUGCUCUCACCAGUGCAGGACACCUCACCAACAUUAUGGCCUUCAUCUUCACCGAAGUGAGAUUAUAUCCCUUCUGCUUCUUCUAGUUCUAAGUGGUUAUACUGCAAUUACCGUAGCAAGCCUAGCAAAAAGGAGAGAGAUUAAUAAGAUUUAUGUAGUAAAUAUAUGUACCAGGGAGGGAGCCCCCCCUGUGGUAUGGUCUGUGGUGCAGCACAGUGGUGGAAGAGCGACGAGAGCAGAACGAGCGAGGAGAGAAGAACACGGGACGAGAGCAGAACGAGGAACGAGAGAAGGACGAGGAACGGGGGCAGAACGAGGGACGAGAGCAGAACGAGCGACGAGAAGCGCCCACCCGUGGCGUGCUUGCCUCUGGCGUAUUACAGUGGGGGAGGAGAGCGUCAAGAAGAGCCGAAAGGAGGGAGGCGCCCCAAGGUCUGGCGGGUACAUGCAACACGCCAAGGGGGUCCAGCCUUGCCACCUUCGCCAGGUCUGUGGGGUACAUGCAACACGCCAAGCAAGGCGGUCCACUCCAGCCUUGCGGCCUUCGGCACGUCUGUAGUGUACACGCAACACGCCAAAGGGGUCCAGCCUUGAGGGUACAGGCAACACGCCAAGGGGUCCAGCCUUGCCACUUUUGCCACAUUCGGAAGCCUUCCGCGUCCGCCCUUCAUUGCUUCAACUGCCUGCGGCAUGGUGGCGCUGCAGGGUCCAGGCAAGAAGCGUGAAGGCGAAGGGGCCAGGGGUGGGAGCUUCGAGGCUUUCCCACCCGGCAGCCCUUCGAAAAAAGGGCCGGACCGCGAGCCCCCCCCUCAAAAAGUUAGAUCGGGGGGGCCUUCAGCCUUGAGCCUUGGAACCUUCUGGAGCCCUUGAGCAUACGUGUGCCUUUUUCCUACACCUUCACCUUAUGUAGUUGCAAAUCUAAGCGGUUCAAGUAAAACGGUCGCGGAGUCCUCUAGUGCUUCGUAACUAGUCGCGACCUGAGUGUUUAGUUGCUAAGAGGAAAGGCGAAGACGACAGAGAAAGGAGGGCAACACUGCUAGGGACUGGAAGAAGAACAGAGAAGGGCAGGCGGUGGAGGCCAAAGUGCUACAGCCGCCGCAAAGUGGCCGCCGCGGGACGCUUCUCGCGAGCUGGGCGCGGCAGCGAAUUGCUGCGCCGUUCAGUUUUUCUUGCAUUUUGGAAGCCAUUACAAGGACAAAACACGCACGCGGCGCGCGUUUUAUCCCGUCAACGUCUCGGAAGGCCCAAAGGGGGCAAACACGCCAGCCUGCCUGCGGACAAGGACGCCGGCAGCACUCCUCCUUUGGGGGGUUUCAAAUUCUCCGGCUUGGGAACCUGCUCAGGGAAGUCACGCCGGCCGCCUUGCAUGGCUUGUGGCCUUGUGGCGUGUUUCUUCUCGCCCUCCCUCGGCGCGUUCGUUCUGGCUUUUCGUGUUCCAGGCCUUGAGAUGGGCAAACCUACCUUGAGGGGGGCAAACCUUGAGAGGGGCAAACCCUGAGAGGGGCAAACCUCGAGAGGGGCAAACCCUGCGGACGCCGGGGGGGUCUACCCUGACACGCUAAAAUAAAUAAGCCCGCGAAUAUGAAUCUCAAAACCUUGAGUGUUGUGAAACCUUGAGGCGAAAAAUGAGGAGGCAAACCCUGAGGCUGAAGCCUUGGGGCUUUUUCGCUGUCUGGUCUACCCUGAGAUCCAAUACCUUUACCUUGGGAGCGGUCCAAAGCCUUGGCUUUUUUUCCGCGAGCGUGGACCGCCUCCAACUUAGCGGCUUCCCCACAAGCACUGCAGAGCAAACUAACUCGGGCUUUCGUUUCCUCUAAACCCUGGGAUUCUAUUUGGCGCCCCUUAAAGCCCUGGCUUUCGUCCUCGAUUUUUGUCGGUUCGUAUAUAAGAGGAGUACUGUAUUAAAAUCUUAUCCGUAUUCUAAGUAACGGCAGCUUGUGGGUGGACAGCAUGUUGAUGACGAACAUGAAUAGUGGCUUAGUGCUACCUUCGUAUGUAAUCUUCGUAAUUGACCAUUAGUCUUGGAAGGAAAGGAAAAACAAAAUUUCCUGAUAAAGUAACAACAUUCUAACACAAGUGGAGCUGCAGCUGAAAGGGUACACGAAGAUGAUUGGUUCAUACGUCUCUACCAAUAAAGGAGGAGACCCAAGGGUUGCGGGACUCACACUCGCUGGACCAGUCUUAAGGCGCUCUAACAGUCGCUGACGAUGAAAAAAAGUAGAUAAUGAAAAUUAUCCAUCUACUUCUAUGUUGUCAUCAUGAUGUUGGAGUAUCUCUAUGUACGGUGUCGCUCCUGCUGUCACUCCGAGUGGGAGAUCCUCUUCUUGAGUGGAGGUUCUCGCCCUGUUAUUUGGUAACCUAAAUUCGAUCACAGGAGAUGGCGCUUUCUUCUUGAUUUCUCGUUUUUUCGCAUCAAAGAACUGAGACAACUACCGAAGUUACUUCCUAUAAGAUUUAUAAGAUAAUAACUUACACUUACUAACUGACUACUUAACUAACUGACUGACUACCGAAAUUUUUACAAACCAGCAGAAAAAUUUUCUUCUGAAUCAUAGUACACCACUUCUAACAUUGAGUCCCUCGCGGCCGGACACUCCCGUGGUCGACACUGAUUGGGAGCUAAUGUUUGAUCCUAGAACCAAGCACGCACAAUAUGUGACUUACCGCAAAACCAAAUCUGAUAGUCGACAGUUGGACGUCGGGAAAUUUAAGGGUUACCAAGAAAUUGCAUCCCGCACUCGAAUCCUGGUCUCUUUUUCUACUUGAAAAAGGCGCCAAGGAUGUUCUCAGGAAUACAAUUCUGCAACCUCUAACGAAUUGAUGGACAAAUUCGAUGUGCAGCAAAGUGAGAUGAUGGAUUUGCGAGGGUAUAUGAAGUUAAGGAGCUCUGUUCUUACUAGCUUUCAUAAUAUCCAUCUGAUUUGUUUCUACUCAGCAGGAGGAGGGGCAUCUUCUCGAUGAUGAUACACAUCGUACACAUUUUGAAGUUUCCCUUGUUUUUUUUUCAGCAUCUUAAUGAUAUUAGUUAUGGACCUUAUAUAUAUAAUUGUUUCCUUUGUUGUAUGAUCCAUGAUAGUUAAUUUUUUCAUGGGAAAGUAGGUGCUGGCGGACGAGUCGAGAUGAGACUGAGAGAGGGGCCCACCCCCACCUCAUCAGAUGUUCUUUAGAUAUGAAAUUAUAAAUAAAAUACGCUGAGUCAUCUUCUUUAUCUAACGAAAGAACAGCAAAACCCGAAUCCAUCGCAGUGUGAGAUCUUCGCGGGAUGGGUAGGGAGAGUCGUGCAUCUUGUGGUCUCACGUUUCCGUCAGCAGUAUCGCAAGAUGCUGCGAGAAGGUAGCUCGAAGACUGCCGGCAUUGCGCAUGCUGUUAAGGGGCGACUCCGCAUUAGAACAUUUGUACUUCUACCUCUCUUGGCGAGGAACCUGGAGAGGACCGGAAUCGAGUCGAAGCACCCUGGCGCUUGUCCUAGCCAGGGAAUGUCUGUUCAGGAGUUAUUUGCCUCUCUGCCAUCCACCCUGGCUCUACUUUUCCUAGUAGACAAGAAGCCAGUGCCAGCAGGGAUGUCCAACAUGUUCUGAGGAGUGUAAACAUUGAUUCCGUAACCUGCUCUAACGUCGUGUGCUCACGCUCAAAGCUGAGGGCAGUCAAGUCACAAAUGACAGUGAAGCAAGCUGCCGAGUAUCUGCUCGCGCAAGGAAAACGUGAGAAGUGGGAUGAACAAGAAUUCGAACGUAUGGGAAUGGGAGGACGGGUUCUGAAACAACGCUACCAGGGCUGCGAAGACUGGUUUGUAUGAGGCCACUCAUUGAGAAUCCAAGUUACAGUGGAAUGUCAAGUCAGGCUUGGCAGAUGAACAUUACUAGUACUUGCACUAGUCGCAGCAGCAUGACCAUGAGCAUCAUCUUGUUUUCCUUUUCCAGGCGACGAAGAUGACGUCGAAGGUAAAGCAAGGGGGUACGACCACAUUCCCCUAUCGGCGUUCUCAAUGAGUGGAAGCAUUCUUCAUCGUUCUGGUUGCGGUUUUUGAGGGAGCAAAAAUUUUUGGUCAUUUUAUGACACCACGAAAAACUGGACCUGGAGACUUUAUACUCAACAUGGUCAACCUUGAUGUCCUCAAGAAACUAGGCUACUUGGAGGUCUAAUUAGGAAAAAAAGUGCCUCGUUUCUACUGGAGUAUGGGAGUUGAGUACACUUUUUCCUUCCACAUAUAUCGGAUGAAAGUCACCAAGUCUUCAGCAGCAACUCAUUCAUGCAGCGUCGCGCCAUGAUGUUGAUGAAUCAGACAGCGACAGCGAGCAGUACGAAAACGAAUAGUUUCUUUGAAUUAAGGCGUCCCCUAAUCCGUCUCCAGAAGUAGCAUCUAUCUUAAGACUGCCUCAUAAUGGGAGAACAGCUUCAAGAUGCGGAGGGUUUCAAGAUGGAUGAGGGUAUAAGCUCUAACUGAAGGGAGUCCAGCCUCCUGGUCAUUCUUUGAACUUUCAGAACAUCUCAAUGCGGGUGAAAACUGUUUAUGGAGGCUCAGAACGGAUGCAUGAUAGUCGCACUUCAUCUUAGAGAGAAGCACGACAGAAUCAGAACACUAACGAUACUUGUUCUCACAUCGCGUAUAUAUUUUUCCUAGGAGGUAUUAUUAUGAUUAUUAUACAUAGGUGGUAGGCCUACCUGAUUCAUCAUAUCUUCUGUGCGGCGGGCGUUCUGUGCCCGUGCUUUGUCUUUAGGAUUCAGUCGCUUUUUUCUCUUAUUUCUAUUUUUUCCCUGUGGUUGUGCUGUUAUCAAGGAGGGGCCGCCCAAGGGGCGACCCAUGUUUCUUGUAAUCAUAGUGUCGAUGUCCUCUAUGCUCUAACCUCUAUGGGCGUCACGUGUAGUUUGUAUGGAGAAGACGAUGUUGCUGGUCCUCACGGCGACGAAAAAAUGGGUGAUCAUCACGAAGAUGAUGGUGACAACGAGGCGGAUGAAGAGGAUGAGCAGCGGCAAGACGAGAUUGGCCAGCAGGGACUUGCAGAGGGGGACCAGACUACGGAGCAUGCCAAACCUGAGCAGGGCGCGCAAGAGUAUACUAAAUCCAGGACUGCAAGGACGGCGCAGCCAUUCGUUUAUGCUGGUUGGAGCGAAAUUACUUGACCAAAAGGGACCAGCGUCGGCCAUUCGGUCUUCUCUUCACUUGGGGGCUGCGCAUCCUACACGCAGCGCUGUCAGUUCGCGACAGCGUUUCGCCUCACACCACACUCACGCUUUACUUCGCUUCCUUUUCGCUUGACUUCCCUCGCACUUCACUUCUCUUUCACUUCACUUCCCUUUCGCUUCACUUCCAUUUCACUUUGCUGCCCUAUCGCUUCUCUUCCCUUUCACUUCACUCCACUUCCCUUCCAAAUUCACUUCAAUUCCCUUUCACUUCACUUCAGUUCCCUUUCACUUCACCUCACUUCGCUUCCCUUUCGCUUCACUUGCGUUGCCUUUCACCUCGCUUCCCUUUCGCCUCACUUCCCUUUCACUUCGAUCCCCUCUUCCCUUUCGCUCCCUUUUCCCUUCCCUUCCUUUCCCUCUCACUUCCCUUGCGCUUCCCUUUCGCUUCCCUUGCGCUUCACUUUCGCCUCCCUUCCUUUCGCUAGCUUCGCUUCCCUCUCCCUUCUCGUUGAAUUCGCUUCCCUUCCCUUUCGCUUCCCUUUCGCUUCCCAUGCACUUCCCUUCCACUUCCCCUUCGCUUCCUUUUCACUUCCCUCUCGCUUCCCUCUCGCUUCUCUUUCGCUUCCCUCUCGCUUCUCUUUCGCUUCCCUCUCGCUUCUCUUUCGCUACCCUUUCGCUUCCCUUUCCUUCGCUUCCCUUUGCUCUCGCUUCCCUUUCACUUCCCUGCCGCUUCCCUUGCACUUCCCUUCCCCUUUCGCUUCACUUCGCUCCCCUUUCUUUUCCCUUUCGCUUCCCUCUGUUUGUUUCACUUCCCUCUCCUUCCCUUUUGAGUUUCGCUUCCUUUUCCCUUCUCUUCCACUUCCCUUUCGCUUCUCUUUCACUUCUCUGGGUUUCACUUCUCUUCCCUUUCGCUCUCCUGGCCUUUCACUUCAUUGCGCUCCCAAUUCGCUUGCACUUCGCUUUCACUUUCGCUCUCACUUUCGCUCUCGCUUUCGCUUUCACUUUCGCUCUCACUUUCGCUCUCGCUUUCGCUUCGCUUUCCCUUCGCUUUCACUUCGCUUUCACUUCGCUUUCACUUCGCUCGCGCUUCACUUUCGCUUGCUUCGCUUUCACUUCACUUCGCUGCAUCCAUUGCAUCCAGUUCUCGCUCGGGGCUUGUGUCAAGGGUGUAAGUAUGGGGCGAUUAGAGACUUCUAGAAGAGGAGAAGCGAUGAAGCGCAACAAGAUGGAAAGAAGGAGAGCCUUCUUUGGGGUAGCGGAGUAGUGACAGUAGAGGGCAACUCUGAUGAGAAGCUCAAGUUGGGGAUUAGCUCGGAUGAUCUACCCGAGGCGCUGCUAUCUAUCAUGUAAGUACUCCUAAGCGCUCAUCUACUCCUGUCUACUUUGUAUUUUCCUAAGUAUUACUAGCACUAGUAGGUGGCCGUGGCCCUCAUCCUCUAAGGCAAAAAGGGCGCAUUUUUAGAGACUCGUCCAGGACACAAGGAGCCCAAAACGAACAAGGCAUCGAUGAACGAGGCUCAAUGGCGUGAGAAGAUCCGAAGCGAGGCCAUUGGUUGCAGAACAGAGCAUAAUAUGACGCAUUGUUUCUUUUUCAUGUUUACAAAUAUAAAUAUAAUGAGAACCGAGCACUUCUCUGAGGCACGCACUGGCUUCGGCCGCCAUAGAUGAGAAGACCUCCAGGGCAGAAGGACGAACGCGCGGCGCCUAAAAUAGACGGAUCCUAAUAUAAACGUGGCCACUAGAAUUUUAUUAGAUAUUUGGAAUACCUGACCUUUUGAAUUUUUGUUUGCUAGCUAGGAGUGCUCCACCGAUAUAAUGAAGUCUUUUGUUCACAAGAAGAAGGUGCCGCGGGCGGCCAUCCACUGCACUGAAAAGUAUUAGCGUCAUUCUUAUUUCUUUCAACUUCUAAAAAAGAUGCCGCGCAACAACAUUCACUUCUAGCACUGUACUGAGUAUAAAUGAACUACUCUCUCUUUCAAGAACGACCUCUAAGUCGAAAGAAGGCGAGGCUCAUGCCCUGUGUCCAUGCUUGAUGGAGCCGGCGAACGCGGAUUGGAUGUCCCUUUGUGUCCUCAUCUACGUGGACUCAACAACCGGCAACGUGGGCAAGUUUGAUCUAACUUUAAGGUCAGCUGUGUUUAUCCAUCUUUCUCGGCAGCACCUUGGUACUCUGUAGCCUUGUAUUUCAUCAUCGGAAACAAGGGGUCGAGGUGAAGGGGCAGACGAGAUGAAUAAAAGCCGACGCAGCUAAUAACUUCUGGCGGAGGCGGUCUGGUGUCGAUAGCCGAGAAGACCUAUGUUAGGGCUAUAUUCCUGACGUCCUACCUUACAACCUCAAUCCUUGACUGAUGUUUUUUUACUACGAAGAUGAUCUACAUCUAGAAAAUUUCUAUUUCAUCAUUCCCUUUAAUAAGAAAGAAUGAAAAUGAUGGAUGAUUUUAUACUGCAGCCUCUUGCUGUUCUACCUAGUAUUUUCUACUCAGAACAACUAUUAAUGCAUAGGCAAUUAUUUACUGCAGCCUCUUGUUGAAGGCUUAGGAAAGGCGCCCUAUCCUAUCUUUUCCUAUCCUCUUGUUGUUCAUGUUCUAACUAUGAAAAGAUAAAGACUUCCGUCGGAGAUGAAGCUGCAUCUUCGGAAAAGGCGCUGAAGGAGUCACAAUUUGUACGCAGAUUACUCACGCGCAACAAAGUGAACAACUUGCAUCCGGUGUCUGGUAAGUACCUAGGCCCUCCGACUCCUGCUAAGAUUAAGGCUUUUGUCAUAGUUUGAUAUUUAUCAAGCACAUAUUAUUAGUUGUGUCAUAGUUUGAAGUUAUUUAUCAAGCACAUAUUAAUAAAGAAAAGACAACCAGUUCGUUUUUCCCUCUUCAGAACCUAGGUGUAUCCCUUCGUGCAAUAAUAUGUAUGUUUCACUGGUGGAGGUGGAGGCCGUGGAUGGAGCGGCGGUGGCGUCCGCGCGCCCUUUUUUCCGCGUCCGGAGGCGAAGACCUCAAAAGGCGGGGCCGGAGGCUCCUGGCGGCUCUACCCCAGAGGCGUCCCGACUCUGGGACCCUAUCAGGGAGAAGGCGGCGACGGUCACGAGGCCUGGCCCCUUUGGCCCUGAUCCCCCCAAGUGGUGGCAACGUACGCCGCCACCAAAUGCCCGGGGGGGUGAGGGCCAAUGGUGAGGAGGGGUGGGGGCAAGGCGUGCCCGCGUGGGUUUAGUCGGAUUAUACAUGCAGCACGGCGAAAGGGGUCACCUUGCCACCUGCGAAGAAACUCCCCAGUGAGGAACCCGCACCCUGGAGGCCUGUAGGGUACACGCAACAAGCCAAAGGGGGCCCAGCCUUACCACCUUCGGGAGCUGUCCGCCCCCGGCCUUCGGUGCUUCAGCGGCCUCAGGGAUGGGGGCCUUGUAGGGUCCAGGCAAGAAGCGGGGCGAAGGGGUCGGAGGUGGGCGCUUGGAGGCCUUCCCGCCUGGCAGUCCCUCGGGAAAAAGGGCCCAGGGCGGGAGGCGCCAAAUUUAUUUAGAUCGGGGAGGGGCCUUGGCCCCUUCCCCUGGAGCGUCAUAUAUGUUUAUCAAUAUCUCACUCGCAUUCCCACGUGGAAGUGGAGUAGUUGCCUCACUAUCCAAAUCAUCCCACGUGGAAGAGAGUGGAGUCUGCUGUUGAUUCAUGGUUGGAGUCUGCUGUUGAUUCAUGGUUGGAGUCUGCUAUUGAUUCAUGGUUGGAGUCUGCUAUUGAUUGAUUCCUGUUUAGAAUGGCAGUAAAGACCUUGUUCCUUAGCGUUAAUAAAAGCAAAUGCGCAUUUUGGGAAAUGAGGCGGCGGCUGCAGACAGUAGACCUGGAUAAGAAAGUGAGUGGGAGCAACCAUCUUUUUGGCUUGAUGAUGUUAAGGCUUGUUGUCCUGAACAUACGAUACACAUAUUAGUAUAAUUAGUAUACAUGAUAAAUCAUAGGUUUAUUUAAGGGUGAACUACGGCAUAGCAUUAGUAUACAUGGACAGAGUGAAACGUGGUUCUUGGUCUUGGAAAUAAUGAUCAGUUUUCAUUUCUUCACGACAGUACCGAUCUUUCUCGCUCUUAUUGAUUGACCUGUACACUUAUCAGCACAAGACUAAAAUCCUACAAGCUACUGAUCCACUGCUUAGUAUUCGUUUGUCCGGAAUAAUCAGUUAUAAUAAGCAAAAGAUGGUGUCUGAGUCUGUCUCCUCUGUCCUCGUCUUCUCUGUCUCCUCUGGUGUCCUCGUCUUCUUUCAACAAGGUAGGACUCUUCUGUCGUGAAAGAAUCAAAAUUUAUUUCGAUAGCUCUAUGUAUUUUCUAAUCUCCUGCUCUUUUGUAUUUUUUUCUAGGCCUGCUUUUUUUGUAGUUUUUUCUACUUAAGCUUGUGGCUGCUCCACCGAUGGAUUCUAUUCUUAUCUAAUCGUGGAUUUGACAAGUGUGCAGAAGUUAUUUGGGGGCCGUCUGGGCGAUAGCCCUCGUGAACCAAAGGAAAAAAAUGGCUUCCAGAUUUAUCCUGGUCUUAAGGCUCAAACUUCAUUGGUCACUGAGAGUGGUCACUGAGAGUGAGAUCGAAGGGGGCUCCCGUGAGAGAACUACAGGGGAAAACAAUUUAAGGGAAAGCAAGUACGUAGAGAGGUACGUACUUGGCAGGUGUGUCUGUGCCGGGUCUUGUCCCUUCAGAAUGAUCAGCGACCAAUGAGUGUCGACCUUUAAUGGUCACGCUAUCGCAGUCGAAUACAUGGGCAUACUGGCCUUUCCCUUGGACCCUUCCAGAAUGGCUAGUGGACGCUUACUGGACGUUCUUUUUAUGUUCACGAGAUCAAGAAUGAUAAUGAUGAAAAGCAAAAAGAAUAAAACUUAAUAUUACUUAGGCAGAUUGCCGAGUAGAUUCACAUUGUCAGUAUUACUGUGCUGUAUAAUUACUCGUCUGCUCUAGUACUGCUCCAGCAGAAAUUACUAAAACUACAAUUUGUUUCUUGAUGAAAUCAUCCUCUAUAGUCGUUCAUCACGUUCAUAUUUCUUUUCAUGUCCUUCUUUCAUACAUUUGGUUUACGUAGUCGGCCUUCGAGAUCCGAAUUGGGCUAAAUUGAAACCCGAGCAGCUGAGGGGACGCAGGAGGCGGUUUGGUGCUGUCGCAGACCUAAUUUAUGGUCAGCUGCAUUUGGUAGAUACAGAUCAUCGACGCCUGCUAUUGAAUCCUUCACAACCUCCAAAAAUACAAGAGAGCUAAGGCCACGGUAGAGUGCAUGAAUGAAAAUGAAUAGGCUUCAGCCAUAAGAGAUGAGUCUUUUGAUUAUGGGGGUACAUCUAAGAAAUUCAACAGUUUUCAGAGAAUGCAGAUUCCAGCAGUGUAAAGUUCACUCUGGAUACCACGGAUCGAACGUCGAAGGCGAAAGAAUUCUUCGCAGGUGAACAAGCACAAGUUAAGAACAUGGCAAAGGUUACUUUCUAGUACUUACAUGUUGUAUCAUGUAAAGGAAAACGUUACAACUAAGUAGCCUUCUCUACUUCCUCGUCAUCUGUUCUCUUGCACUACUUAUUCAACUAGAAUUGAAAUCAUCCCGUGUUCUAAGGAAAGCUUUGAAUUAAACGAGUUCUGUAGCCACCAUCCGCAGGAGAAGACUUUUCCUGACCAACUUAACGACCAGAACCAUGCGAAAGCGUACUUGCUGAAUCCCGGAGAAACGGAUGCUCUGCUUGUGAAGGACUUGUCUGCAGAUUGUCUCACGCUUAAGGCUACUUGUGCAAGAACUUUGGAGAAGAUGCAUGCCACUAUUGAUUUUUGUCCGUUCCACGUGCGCGUGCACUCUGCUGAGAUGAAGUGGGUAGUUCCCCUUCUAUUCGCCAUUCGUUCCACGUGGAGAACGUGUCGUUGAGUAGCUUUCACCCUCGUCCCUUAGAUGAAGAAAGCCAGGGAUGAAAUCUAAGGGGAAAGAAGAGAUAAGUCACUCUAAGGGGAAACAAGAAGAGACAAUCUUAGGGAAAUCGAACGGGAAAGAAGAUGAGAGAGACAAGUCAGUGCUCAGCAAGCACCACGCAUAGAAGUGAUACUUCUCACUCUAGUACAACUAGGGCUAUCUAACUCACCCCUACGCCCAUCACCCUUGCUGUUUGGAAAAGCGCAUGAAGCAGACAACGAAAGGGAAAAAACAGCAGGAGUAAAAGGCACUAGUUUCCUAGCUUGGGAUAAUCUUAAGGCUACUUCUAAUAAUUCGUCAUUCACAGUUCUUCAUCUUCAUCGAUGAGGCAUUACUUCUCAUAUCUGAAGGAAAGUAUUAGAAGUAUGAAGAUGGAGUCUCAGAGUACCACGUAUCACUAAGUACCUACCGCCUCGUCGGUCCCCGGCCCCUGCUGAAGAAGCAGAUACUCAUACUCUGCAUCGACUUCUACUUCGAGAGUGCAAUUCUAAUAUUCUUGGCCAAGAAGCGAUAGAAUGGGCACAAGAAUCGGGCGAAAGACCUGGAGCAUUGGGCAUAUCCAUCUCUUUAAGAGUGAGCAAGGCUGAACUAGAGCAGAAUCUUCUUAGUAAUAGAAGUUGAUCACUUUCUCUGGUUCUGAGAAGUUGAUGUACUCUUCUACUACAACUUUUUGUUCAUGAUUAACUAAGUUCUUGCUGUUGAUUCUUGUUGUUCAUGUUCUACUUGAAAACAGGGGAUGUCGAUGUAGUAGUGGAAGAAGAAUUAAUAUUGAUGCUGAAGCCUUUUCGCUUGUUCUACCAUCUAGUACUUCUUCUAAUCACAUCAAACGUGCUUCCGGAACAAAAUCCGAACAAUCCUGUCUACCCAUUGGGCUUUCAGGGGAGCCGUAUCCU